GCCAAUGGCAGAGGUGGGCUCGGAGGUACAGCGGCGGGGGAGGCGCCCGGCGGGGCGGAGAGAGGGUCGCCCGGCCCCGGGUUCCGCCCCUGCGCCCGCGCGCGCGCCUCCUGCUCCCGCGCCGCCCGCGCCUCCCGCUCUGCGCUCGCAGCUUCCCCGGCCCCGCCGCGUUCUCGUGGCCGCCCCGCAGCCCCCCGCGCCGGUACCAUGGCAGCUGUGUACCGCCCCGGCCUGCGGCUCAGCUGGCGUGGGCUGAGCCCCUGGGGCAGGUCAUCUGGACGCAGCAUCCAGACCCUCCGAGUACUGCAUGGAGAUCUGGGCCAGCUGCCUGCAGGGGUUCGGGACUUUGUGGAGCACAGUGCCCGCCUGUGCCAACCAGAUGGCAUCCACAUCUGUGACGGGACUGAGGCUGAGAAUACUGCCAUCCUGAGCCUGCUGGAGCAGCAGGGGCUCAUCCGCAAGCUCCCCAAGUAUGAUAACUGCUGGCUCGCCCGCACGAACCCCAAAGAUGUGGCACGAGUCGAAAGCAAGACCGUGAUCGUAACUCCUUCUCAGCGGGACGCGGUGCCCCUUCCCGCCGGUGCAUCCCGUGGGCAGCUGGGCAACUGGAUGUCCCCUGCGGAGUUCCAGCGAGCCGUGGACGAGAGGUUUCCAGGCUGCAUGCAGGGCCGGACCAUGUAUGUGCUUCCGUUCAGCAUGGGCCCCGUGGGCUCCCCGCUGUCACGCAUCGGGGUGCAGCUCACCGACUCUGCCUACGUGGUGGCGAGCAUGAGGAUCAUGACGCGCCUGGGGACACCCGUGCUCCGAGCCCUGGGAGAUGGGGACUUUGUCAAAUGUCUGCACUCCGUGGGCCAGCCCCUCACUGGGCGAGGGGAGCCCGGGAACCAGUGGCCCUGCAACCCGGAGAAGACCCUGAUCGGCCACGUGCCCGACCAACGGGAGAUCGUCUCCUUUGGCAGCGGCUAUGGUGGCAACUCCCUACUGGGCAAGAAGUGCUUUGCCCUCCGCAUCGCCUCUCGGCUCGCCCGGGAAGAGGGCUGGCUGGCGGAGCAUAUGCUGAUCCUGGGCAUCACCAACCCUGCGGGGAAGAAGUACUAUGUGGCUGCCGCCUUCCCCAGUGCCUGCGGCAAGACGAACCUGGCUAUGAUGCGACCAGCCCUACCGGGCUGGAAAGUGGAGUGUGUGGGCGAUGACAUUGCCUGGAUGAGGUUUGACAGGGACGGUCGGCUCCGGGCCAUCAACCCCGAGAAUGGCUUCUUCGGGGUGGCCCCCGGCACCUCUGCCGCCACCAACCCUAAUGCCAUGGCCACGAUCCAGAGCAACACUCUCUUCACCAACGUGGGCGAGACCAGCGAUGGUGGCGUGUACUGGGAGGGCAUCGACCAGCCUCUUGACCCGGGUGUCACCGUGACCUCCUGGCUGGGAAAACCCUGGAAACCUGGUGACAAGGAGCCCUGUGCCCAUCCCAACUCUCGCUUCUGCGCCCCGGCUCGCCAGUGCCCCAUCAUGGAUCCUGCCUGGGAGGCCCCUGAGGGCGUGCCCGUGGACGCCAUCAUCUUUGGAGGCCGUAGGCCCAAAGGAGUGCCCCUGGUCUAUGAGGCCUUCAGCUGGCGCCAUGGGGUGUUUGUGGGCAGUGCCAUGCGUUCUGAGUCCACUGCAGCUGCUGAACACAGAGGAAAGAUCAUCAUGCAUGACCCGUUUGCCAUGCGGCCCUUUUUCGGCUAUAACUUCGGGCAUUACCUUGAACACUGGCUGAGCAUGGAGGGGCACAAAGGGGCCCGGCUGCCCCGGAUCUUCCACGUCAACUGGUUCCGGCGUGAUGAGGCCGGACGCUUCCUGUGGCCAGGUUUUGGGGAGAAUGCUCGGGUGCUGGACUGGAUCUGCCGGCGGCUCGAAGGGGAGAAAAGUGCCAAAGAGACACCAAUCGGGUUAGUGCCCCAGGAAGGCGCCUUGGAUCUCAGCGGUCUGGGGCCCGUGGACACCACCCAGCUGUUCUCACUCCCCAAGGAUUUCUGGGAACAGGAGGUCCGUGAUAUUCGGAGCUACCUGACGGAGCAGGUCAACCAGGAUCUGCCCAAGGAGGUGCUGGCUGAGCUGGAGGCGUUGGAGACACGAGUGCGUAGCAUGUGACCCAAGACUUCAGGCUAGCGGCAGGCACACGAGCCAGUCUAGGACUAGGAAACCAGAGGCUUGCAGAAUACGUGACGCUGGGAUAGGGCUGACAUCUUCGGUGCCAUGAGGCCAGGCCACAGGUCCUCCCCCACACGCUGUCUAAUAAUGAGAUGCUCCUUUCCUUUACACAACAUUUGUUCUGUCUUCGUUUGCUGUCGGAAUGCACAGGGCCGUCUUCUGCUCACUGUCCAGUCCCUGCAGGCAGCUGGCUCCCCGGGGCAGCCUGUCUGGUACAGUGGCGGGGCGGGGUUUCAAGGUGAUCAUGUGUGUAGGUAGCUUUGCCCCUUGGCCACAUCAGCAGGAGUUAGUGAAGAAAAGGUAGAUGGUGUGAUCAGCUCAGUGCCCAGGGGUUUAAAAAGAUCAUCGCCCCUGUAGUCUGCUCAGGAGUGUCCCAGGGCCUCAAGUCCCCAGUCUCUUCCACUUGGACACACAGAAGCCAUUUGUUUGUUUGUUUGUUUUGCUUUCUGGGUCAUACCUGGCGAUGCACAGGGGUUGCUCCUGGCUCUGCCCUCAGGAAUUACCCCUGGUGGUGCUCAGGGGACCAUAUGGGAAGCUGGGAUUCGAACCUAGGUUGGCCGCGUGCAAGGCAAACGCCGUACCCGCUGUGCUAUCGCUCCAGUCCCUUAAUAAGCACUUCUGUGUGCCUGGCACUAUCUUUGGCAUGUUAUAUAACAACCCUGAGGCAGGUUCCAUUUUAUUACAGAUGAGGAAAGGUAGGUUCCAUUUUAUUACAGAUGAGGAAACAGGCCAGAUAACUGUCCAAGGCCACACAGUGAGCAAGGUCACAGGCCAGAUAAUUGUCCAAGGCUACACAGAACCAAGGAUAAAUAAUAACUGCAUAGAUCUUUAUCUUGGCAGCGAGGACUUAUAGAUCUAACUAUAAGAUCUAGGGCCGGAGACAGCACAGCAGGUAGGGCAUUUGCCUUGCAUGUGGCUGGCCCGGGUUCAGCCCCCAGCAUCCCAUACAGUUGACUGAGACCCACCAGAAGUGAUCUCUGAGCACCGCCGGGUGUCGCCUGAAAACCAAAAAUAAAAUAAACCACCGAUUCCAUGCUUCUUAUA